AUGAAGCCCUUCAGUCUCCUCGCUAUCCUUACAGCACUGUUAGGCCAUGCCACCUUCGGUACCGCUCAGUCCACCACCUCUGCUGCAGGUGCUUGCCCGACAGUUCUCACUCCUUCGUAUGAUGCCCCUGUUGUUGGCUCCGGGUGGACUGCCCAGCUUAUCGCCACCGGUCUGAAGGAUCCACGGAGCAUCAUCUUUGACCAGAAUGGCGCAUUGCUCGUUGUCCAGAAGGGGUCUGGCAUCGUCCGCAUGACACUGACUGACAACGGAGGGACCUGUCUCGCCGUCAGCAAGACCUCGACGGUCGUCGAGAACUCAGAUCUGAACCAUGCUGUUCAACUGUCGGCCGACGGACGCACCUUGUAUGCUUCCACCUCCAAUGAGGUGUAUCGUUGGCCAUAUGACGCCGCUGCUGGUACUGUGGGCGACAGCGAGACACUUGUGACCAACAUGAGCAAUUCAGGACAUGUAUCGCGGACACUAUUGCUGUCCCGGAAGGCCAAUAACACCUUGUUGGUGUCCCGUGGGAGUGCCGAGAACAUGGACUUUGGUGCCGCUCAGCUCAACUCCGGUAUCUCACAGAUACGGGCCUUCGACAUUAACAACUUGCCAAGCGGCCGACCCUAUGACUACCCGUCCGAGGGUAGACUUAUGGGCUGGGGCCUGAGGAAUAGUGUUGGGGUCGCUGAGCACCCAGUCACGGGCGGUAUAUACAGCGUCGAGAACUCUGCGGAUCAGGUCGAAAGAACCGGGACUGAUGUCCAUCAAGACAACCCCGGUGAGGAGAUGAACUACCACGGGUUCCUCAACGACUCUACUGAGGAUCAGGGCGGCAACUAUGGUUACCCGGACUGUUUUGCCCUCUGGGGCACUGAUAACUUCCCGGACAAGGGCAACAUGACCGUGGGUAGCCAAUUCGCGCUCAACCCUAGCAACACGCUCAACGACACGACUUGCGCACAGGAGCACGUCCCGCCACGGCUGACAUUCCAAGCUCACACGGCACCUCUGGACAUGGUCUUUGACAGCAACGGCACGGCAGCAUACAUCACCUUCCACGGCUCGUGGGAUCGCACGGAGCCCGCGGGCUAUGUGCUUUCGAGCGUGCAGUUCGACGGCAACACGGGUGCGCCCGUCGCACAGCCCGACAGCAACAGCGCCACGGCCGACGUGCUCAGCAACGCCGACCUGUCCAAGUGCCCAGACUCGUGCUUCCGCCCCGUCGGGCUCGCCUGGGACGCCCGGGGCCGGCUCUUCAUGAGCUCGGACUCAACGGGCGAGAUCUACGUGCUGCAGCGGUCCGAGAUGUCUGCGACCGGUGGCGGGGAGACCGGGACUGGUACGGGCUCCGGGACUGGCACGCUUGUCACCCCGACUUCGAGCCCAAACCUUGCAACGCGGUCGGGUAGGAAUCGGCCGGGCGAGGAAGCCAUCUUCCUGGCCGGACUAGCUGUUGCGCUGUCGAUGGUCUGCGGGGUGUUCUUCACCGUGGCUUAG